CCGUAUGUCAAACUCCAUUAGAAAACACUUGACCGGCCUCUACAGCCAUCCUUGAACCUCUUUCUGUUUGCUAGAGUCCCUGACCAUGGCUGGCGUACAGCGGCCAUGCUGUGAUGGACGCGAACAACGUUGAACCACGAAGCAGAACGACUCGCUCUGACGAUCAUGACGAAGCUGCCGGCGGACGUACAAGAGUUUCUCGAGCCUGUACGCGGUGUCGCACAAGAAAAGAUCGAUGCGAUGGACUCCGACCUCGAUGCUCAAGCUGUGCGAACGCCGGACAGCUGUGUCUCUACGUUGCUGGAAAUAAAAAGAGAGGACUGCCUGAAGGCUAUGUGCGCGGCAUUGAGAAACUAUGGGCAUUGAUGCUACAGAAGAUCUCAGGCUUGGAUGACAGCGUACGACAAGUAAUGCUUGAGAACGAGGAUGAACUUCUUCGAAUAUGGAACCAUCCAAAGUAUGGUGACAAUCUUCAUACUGUUUGGAAAGAGUCCGGCAUACUUUCGAAUCUGGAGAGGCUGCUGUCCCAAGUUGAGCAGCGUGCGCCAGUUUUGAAGAGGAAACGAAACGAGGAAGACGACGGGUCAGGCACAGAGACCUAUGAGCAGGACAGCCGAGUAUUAACGCCAGCUUUCUGUGUCAAGAAUAUUUCAGAGCUUUCUCGAGACACUGUCUCUCGAGCCCCAAGGUCCUCUGAUAACCCGAACGUUGACAGGAUCAACCAAAUUGUAUCACCCAACCUGGCAAAUGCUCCAUUACAACUACCAAAGUCUGCUUCCACCUUGUUGCACCACUACUUUAGCUAUACGCAUUGCUGGUUUCCCAUCUUGCAUAGGUCUCUUACUCUCAGAAGGUUUUACGAGCAUACGAGGGUAUACAAUCGCAGACCUUUGGAGAACUCCGAACUUGCAUGUUUAUGGGCUAUUUGCGCCUAUUCGAAACAACAAAGAGCACAGCUAUCCUCAAACAACGACGAUAGCCCGUCCGUUGAAGAGAUGCGGUCUGCGGCACGGACUUUUAUCCCCUCCGAAGAGGGCCCAUUUACUAUUGAGCAUGUACAGGCUCUCCUAGUCAUUGUACUGCUGGAUGUCGGCCGGGGCAAAUGGACUUCCGCAUGGAUAUUGUUAGGUUUCGCAGUGAGAGCCUACCUCGAUCUUACCGGCACGCGUGGGAAUGUCGUCAACGAUACCGCAAGGGCCGGCCAGCAAAACCAAUGGACGGGCACUUUACAAGGCUGUUUUGUUCUGGAUAGCAUCCUUUCCAUGCAACUCAUGCGAACACCGCAUUUGCGGACAGAAUACCUAACAGGCGUGAAGUUUCUUGAUGAGGAUGGAAUAGAGGAAUGGGAACCAUGGAAUGCGGUGGGACCUGAGAAUGUUCCGUCUCCAGAACCUGCGUUUGCCAGAAGCUGCUUCAACCAGUUGACUCGACUUUUUAUGGUUACACCAGGUCUCAUGAAUCUCGAAGGCCAUCAAUCUAUGGCAAUCAACAGCAGCCGCGGAUUGCACGACCUCGCAGAGACAUUCCCAUUCCCCGUAUUCGAGAUUGAACCGCGGGCACCUCACCAGAUGCUUCUGCAAAUAUGCUACCUGGCACUGACAGCCAGGUUUUCGGAUCCGCGCACACGGCCUGAACGCCUGCUUCUGUUCUCACAGGCCCUGAAAGUCUUUGAUCAGGCUUGGAAUUCUGUCAAAUGUGGGCUCCCGUCCAUAUUGGUAUCCAUCUCCAAAUUGCCAUAUCUCCCUUCCGACUUAUCUAGUCCGUUUGGGUCGAUCUCGCUGUCUGAAGAUCACCGGCAAGUCUUGACCCGACUCUCGACCGUCUGGCCGGGAUUUUUUCCGAACGACAAAGAGCUUGAGGUGGGAUCUAAUCUACUCUCGCGGCCGACUACCGCAUCAAUCCAGUCAUUGAGAUCACAGCCCGGUGCCUCUGUUGACUCUCCAUUUCACAGGGCUGAUUUCUGGCCCAACGAUGUACCAGCAUUGCAGAUUGAUAUGAGUGAUGCUCCCGCAGCCAAUGCCGAUCUGGGGCCAACUACCGUGCUGGGACUUCACGAAAUUCCUUCUCUUCCUCACACAACAAACCCAGCCCCACGACUUGGGUCCGAAAUAUUAGACUACGGAUUGAUAAACGUCGACAUGACUGAGCCACUUCCCUCGACAAAUGUUGGCCGAGCCUCUGCUUCUCAACAAGCCCCCACUAUGGGAGCCAUGACUUCUCCUAGCUUCGACGGGGACGAGAUUGACGCAUUGUUUCAUGAGAUGGCGCAACUUGACGCGAAUGAAUGGUCCAUGGACAGGACGCAGAAUUUCAAGGACUUUGGGUUUUCUGACGCGUCUACAUUUGAAGCGUUUUGUAAUGAUCCUGACAGACUUAUGCUUUCGAAUGAAUAUAUGGGGCCAGGAUUGAGUCAGAGCAGCAAUCCCAUGUCGUAUGGGGCACGCGGUACAUUUGGCCCCGACCCUGAAGAGGGCUAUGGUCCUUCUGAUGCAACCCUAGGUGGUCGAUGAUCAGAAGCGACAUGAGGGAUCCAACAUAGCUAUUGCAGUGUAAAUUCAUUACUGGUUCGUUGCCGAUGGCUUACUUGUAUUCAGAAGUCACGAACACAAAGAAAGGUCAAGGAUUCGGAAACUUGAUAGUUUCAUAAUGGCUUCAAACAUUCAAUACAUGAACAAUGAGAAGAAAGAAAAAGCAAAUUCGCC